AUGGCGAAAGAGCUGGAGAAGGUCCAGCGCCGGCUCGAUGCCGCCACCAUCGGCGUAGUCGUCUUCCUCCUCCUCGCCUCGACGGCCGCAGGCAGGCCCGCCGCAGUCGAGAAUUCCACAACCCCAACGAAGGAAACCGUCCGAAGGGCUACUCAACUCCCUGCGCCCCCGCCGCCGCCGCCGCCUGAGAGCACGGUCUGGGUCAGCGUCUCCGUGAACCAGGUGGAGCUGCCCGGGGGGAACAAGUCGCUCGUCUUCUAUUAUCUCCCGAGGCGGGCGACUCCCCCUUCGGCACCGAGCCUCGGCGGAAACGACAUCAAGACGUAG